AUGACUGCCACUGUAUAUUUGGUCAUUGGUGGUGUUGGGUUUCUUGGAUCUCAUAUCAUAGCUGCUCUAAAAGAACAAGACAAUGCAAAAAUUGCUAUUUUUGAUUUUUAUCAGCCUUUCCCAAGUGAGAUGGUGGAAGAGGUGGAAUAUUUCACUGGAGACAUAACUGAUGAGAUAUACUUAACUGAAGUUUUGAACAAGAUAUGCAUUUUCUCUGUGUAG